AUGACUGCAGCAGCAAAACAGGCUUUUGUUCCUCUUCCAGAAUGUCUCGCCAAGAUGGCCCCAAAGUCAUCUCCAGAACUUGACUACUCCACAAACUCGAACUACUCCGCUUUCAAAGUCCAGCAAACCGCGCUUGAUUUCGAGCUCAAGUUCGAUGAAAAAAUCCUUGAUGGGUCCGUCACUUAUCAGUUGUCCGCCAAUUCUGCCACCGACAAGAUCAUGUUGGACUUGACUACCGUGGUGGUUUCCAAAGUCUUGGUCAACCACCAACCAGCAGCCUACAAGAUCGUAUCAGAAAACCUCGCUAACAAUCUCGGGAAAGCCUUGGUGAUCCCUGCCACCAUCGCCGCUAACGACCAUCUCGAAGUCACCAUCUUCUUCAAGGCCACCAAAGACUCCACCGCGUUGCAAUUCUUGGAUAAAUCUCUAACUGAUGGUAAGAAACACCCAUACUUGUUCUCGCAAUCCGAACCAAUCCAUGCCAGAGCCAUUUAUCCAUGUUUUGAUACCCCAUCGGUCAAAUCGCCGUUCGCCGUCAGGGUCAAGUCGCCGUACAAGACCCUUGUAUCGUGUUUGAUCGACGAAGAAAAACAGGCUGCCGAAACCGAUCCAACCAUUUACCAUUUCGUCCAACCAGUGCCAAUCCCAUCUUAUCUUUUUGCCAUUGUCAGUGGGGAUAUCACCAGCUCCCGUAUCGGCCCUAGAUCGCUAGUUUACACCGAACCAGUGGGGAUCGAGCGUUGCGCUAAUGAAUUCAAACACGAAGUGGUGGAAAAAUUCUUGAACGUCCUUGAAAACCUUGUGUUUGAUUACGAAUGGAAGAAUUAUGAUUUUGUCAUUGCCCCAAUGGCCUUCCCGUACGGGGGGAUGGAAAACCCUCAAUUGACCUUGGCCAACUCCACCGUGGUCAGUGGUGAUUCCGAAAACAUUGACGUGAUUGCCCACGAACUUGCCCAUUCUUAUGCCGGUAACUUGGUCACCAACGCGUCUUGGGAACAUUUCUGGCUUAAUGAAGGGUGGACCGUGUAUUUGGAACGUCGUAUUUUGGCGGGAAUCCACGGCGAACCUUACCGUCAUUUCAGCGCGAUUAUCGGUUGGAAAGAUUUGGAAGAAAGUCUUGAACGUAUGGACGACAAAUUCACAAAAAUGAUCCAGAAUUUGAAAGACGGUAGUGAUCCAGAUGACGCUUUCAGUACCGUGCCGUACGAAAAGGGUUUCAAUUUCUUGUUCCAUUUGGAAAAUGUCGUUGGUGGGUACGAGAACUUUGACCCAUUUAUCAAACAUUAUUUCACCACUUUCCGUAAACAAUCGUUAGAUUCUUACCAAUUCAUCGAAGCGUUGCGUGCGUUCUACUACAAUUACGAUUAUGAGCUUUACCUCAAAUUGUUGGAGGUCGAUUACGAAACUUGGUUAUUGAAAACCGGUCUCCCACCACAGCCGAAAUUCGAUACCUCGAUGGUCGAUGUGUGUUUUUCUUUGUCUAAACGUUGGUAUUCGAUGAUUUUAAAAGCCAAUGAAGCUGGGGAACAACUUAGUGCUUCACAUUUGGCGAAAGUUUUCAACGACAAUGACGUUGCCAGUUAUUCUUCUAACCAACUUGUGGUGUUCCUUGAUAACCUCUUAACUUUACACAAGGAGCACAACAUCCUUGAUUCUGUCAAUGGUCGUACUGCUUUGCAAUUCAUUAGUCAAUACUCUCGUAUUGUCAAGAACAACAAUGCCGAAGUGAAGUUCCGGGUGUAUCGUCUUUUGCUUGUGGGUCGUGAAUCAUCAAUUUACUCCGAAUGUGCUGAUUGGUUGGGAACCGUGGGGCGUAUGAAGUUUGUUCGUCCUGGUUACAUUUUAUUGAACGAGUGCGAUCGUGAAUUGGCAGUGGCCACUUUCAGAAAGUUUGAAAAAUCUUAUCAUCCAAUUUGUGUGGCCAUGGUGAAGAAAGAUAUUGAUUUAGAAUAA